GACCUUGACCUCAUCGCUUGCACCCGUCCAGGUCGAGACCUGUGGGUGCUGGUGGUGUCGAGCUCCCCGUUCGAGCACAUGAUCGGCAAGCCGAACGUGAAGUACGUGGCCAACAUGCACGGGAACGAGGCCGUCGGCCGGGAGCUCAUGCUUCACCUCAUCGAGUACCUGGUGACAAACUACGGCUACGACCAGUACGUGACCUGGCUGCUGGACAACACGAAGAUCCACAUCAUGCCCUGCAUGAACCCGGAUGGGUUCGCCGUCUCGGAGGAGGGGCAGUGCCAAGGGGGCAAGGGGAGGUACAACGUCCAGGGCUUCGACCUGAACCGGAACUUCCCGGAUUACUUCAAGGAGAACAACGUCCGGCCCCAGCCGGAGACGGAGGCCGUGAAGGACUGGAUCUCCCGGAUCCAGUUCGUCCUGUCGGCCAACUUCCACGGCGGCGCCCUCGUCGCCUCCUACCCCUUCGACAACACGCCGAACUCC